AUGGGCGUGCCUGAUGAUGCUAACCCGAUGAACCGGCGGCUGCCUGCGGAGGUCGUCACCAGGAAGAAGCAGUCUUCCAAGAAAGAAGAAAAAGAGGAAUCCAGCACGCUUCAGGUGGAUCCGAAGCAGGUCCACGGCAUGAAGCCUGAGCAGCGGAUGAAAUGGCUGGCCAAAGCACUGCAAAAAUGCCAAGAUGGCAAAGCGGAAAAGACCGCCAUCUAUGACAUUAUGACCCAUGCGAAGUUCCCUCAGGACUGCUCGAGCAAGUUGGGGGCAAAGAUGUACCGCUUGGUGCGGGCACAUGCUGUGCUCUUCUCGCAGAAGCAGAAGAAGUUUCUGGAAGGAGGCGACUAUGCGCUGCACAAGCUUUACAAGAAGGCGGUGAAAAAGGGAGAAGUGGACGAAGACGAGGCUGGCGCACCGUCAGAGAGGGGCGAGGACGGCUCCCGAAAAGUCGCCAGCAGAUCACGUGACGACGCGCGAGGCCCUGACAUCGGCGCGCUUUGGGAUAGUCUCACUGCCCUCUCACCGGCAGAGCGGGCAGCGCGGGUUGCCGCCCUGGACGAUGCAACCAAGGAGAAGCUGGAGGCAUUUCUGGAGGCGAGGAUUAGUGGGGCGCAGGACGACGGUAGUGGGCCUGAGCACAGAGAUGACGACGAGAGGUCCGCCGGCGCGCCGGCUAUGGAGGAGGAGUCUGGGCACUUUUCCGUGACCCUUCGGAAGCUGGACCUGUCCCUUGACACCUCUGACGAGGACUUCUUGAUCAUCAAGGAGAUCACCCCGGCCGUCAGCAAGUGGAACAAGACACAGCCAGACCAUCCCAUUCAGGUCUUCGAUCGCCUCCUGGAGGUGAACGGGUCCCGAGCGCACGACGUGCUUGAGAAGGCCAUGCGCAGUAGCUCCGAGGCAACUUUGAGAUUUCAGCGGCCACAGCAGCGGACUGUGGUCCUCAAACAGCCCGGGACAGGGACCCAGGGAGCCAGUGGUGUGUCGGAACCUGCUUUAUCCGAGGGUUCAUUCGGGGUAACCUCAAAAGAAGCAGAUGCCCGAGACAUCUGCAAGUGA